AAGAGAAUCCCACUGAAAAAUACCGUUCCCUCCAAAUCUCUACAAACCCUCGUAAAAAUCCCCAAACUCCACAAAAACCCCACGCAACCGCACACACUCAGAGAGCGAGAAGGGGAAAAAAUAAAAUCCAAAGGGCAGUGCUGAAAUCCGUGUAAUGGGGAAAGACGAGGAUGAGAUGAGAGGUGAAAUUGAAGAGAGGCUGAUAAACGAAGAGUACAAGAUUUGGAAGAAGAACACACCUUUUCUUUACGAUCUGGUUAUUACCCACGCGCUUGAAUGGCCUUCACUCACUGUCGAAUGGUUACCGGACCGGGAAGAGCCGCCAGGAAAAGAUUAUUCUGUUCAGAAGAUGAUUUUGGGGACCCACACAUCCGAAAAUGAGCCGAACUAUCUCAUGCUUGCUCAGGUUCAGCUCCCUCUCGAGGAUGCUGAGAAUGAUGCCAGACAUUAUGAUGAUGAUCGGUCUGAAUUUGGCGGAUUUGGUUGCGCCAAUGGCAAGGUACAAAUAAUCCAACAGAUAAAUCAUGACGGAGAGGUUAAUCGGGCUCGAUAUAUGCCCCAAAACUCAUUCAUCAUCGCGACUAAGACAAUUAGUGCUGAAGUUUAUGUUUUUGACUAUAGUAAACAUCCAUCUAAGCCUCCUCUAGAUGGUGCAUGCAAUCCAGAUUUGAGAUUAAGAGGCCACAGCACAGAGGGCUAUGGUUUGUCGUGGAGUCAAUUUAAGCAGGGUCAUUUAUUGAGUGGUUCAGAUGACGCUCAGAUAUGUUUAUGGGACAUCAAUGCCACUCCCAAAAAUAAGGCUCUAGAUGCUAUGCAGAUAUUUAAGAUUCAUGAAGGUGUCGUAGAGGAUGUA